AUCAUUUGUAUAUUCAGUGUUAAAAUAAAAUAUACGUUAUAACAAAAUCACAAAUUAUAACUUAGUAUAACGAUUAAUUUCAAACCGAUAUCUUAUCUGAAUCUCAUCUAAAUCCUUAAUCUUUAACACAUAAUUAAAAAUGGCAGAAAAUAAACCAGCCGAUACCGUUCCAAAUUUAGGAUUUAAAGAUAAAGAAAAAGCUUUAGAAACAAUUAAAGCAUUAGAGGGACGUGAUCCCGAUUAUCAGAAAUUAGCAAUUAAAGGUUUAAUUGGACGCGCAAAUAGAGUUCUAACAAUUACAAAAGCUGAAGAUAAAUUAAAGAAUAUCAAAGACGCAUUAAGUGUAUUCGAUGAUUGGUUAAAGAAUUUCGAAAAAUUAAAUUUAUCCAAAGAGAAUUUAGCAUAUUUACCCAUGACAACCGUAAAAGUAUUCAAAUCAUUAGGUAAACAUUACAAUAUUGAUAAUUCAAAGUUCAUCAAAGCGUACGAAAAAACCGCUGAAGGUGAUUAUAAAAAAUUACGUACAAUUGAAAGUAACAAAGAUGAACCAACAUGGGAUAUUGUACGAAACACAAAUCUCAAAAAACUACUGAAAGAAUUAAACUCAAAAGAUAAUGUCCCAUAUUGGGACGAUGAUGGUUUACCAUCCAAAGAGCAUGUAGAAUUAAUUUUAUGGGCAUACAGUCCUGAAGCAACGAAAUUAAAGAAAUCAUUAAGUAGCUUAGAAGAGAAAGUUAAGAAAUUAGUUGGUGAAAGUGGGGAUGAAGAUGAUGAAAGUGGUAAAGAUUCAUCGAAGGAAUCAGAUGAAAAUAAACAGAAUGAAAAAGAGGAAAAGAAAGCAUCGAAACGAAAAUCUGAUGGUAAAAAAAGUGGAUCACCGGAAAAGAAGAAAAAACCUGCAAGUUCUUCUUCAUCGGGAUCCGAUGAUGAUUAAAAAUUAAUUACGAAUCUUCGUUUUUUUAUAUGUUCAUUAAAAUUUCUUACUUCGCUAUCGAAGAGAGUUUAAUUAGCUCAACUUGUACCGAAACUUUACUUGUGCAACUGUAAAAAUUGUUUUUGCCAGACAAAUGCUAGUCUAAAACAUUUGAAUGUUUUAACCUUUUUGGCUAGUGUAAAUCUAGGCCAUUGAAAUUAGUAAAUUCCAUAAAAACCGACAAUUUAAUAGUUAUUGAAAUAAAUAUCACGAUACUCGAAAUAAUAUU